CCCGGGGGGCGGGGCGAAGGCCGGGCUGGGAGAAGAAUGGGGGCGGCGGCUGCGCGCGUGCGCGGAAGAGAGCUGAGGGGUGGUUAGGCCGUCGCUGGCCGGGCUCGAGGGAGUUGUGAGAAAAUGCAGGACCCCAAUGCAGACACCGAGUGGAAUGACAUCUUACGCAAAAAGGGCAUCUUGCCCUCAAAGGAGAGUUUGAAAGAUCUGGAGAAGCAGGCAGAAGAGGAGGAGCAGCGAGUCCUUCAGCAGUCCAUUGUGAAAACUUAUGAAGACAUGACUUUGGAAGAACUGGAGGAUAAUGAAGACGAAUUUAAUGAGGAAGACGAACGUGCAGUUGCAAUGUACAGGCAGCAAAGACUGGCGGAGUGGAAAGCAACCCAACUGAAGAAUAAAUUUGGAGAAGUUUUGGAAAUCUCAGGAAAGGAUUAUGUUCAAGAAGUUACCAAAGCCGGUGAGGGCUUGUGGGUCAUCUUGCACCUUUACAGACAAGGGAUUCCCCUGUGUGCCCUGAUAAAUCAGCACUUUAUUGGACUUGCCAGGAAGUUUCCUGAUGUCAAAUUUAUCAAAGCCAUAUCAACCACCUGCAUACCCAACUAUCCUGAUAGGAAUCUGCCCACAAUAUUUGUGUACCUUGAAGGUGAUAUCAAGGCUCAGUUUAUUGGACCUCUGGUGUUCGGUGGCAUGAACCUGACAAUGGAUGAGUUGGAGUGGAAAUUGUCUGAGUCUGGAGCAGUUAAGACAAGCCUGGAGGAAAACCCUAAGAAACCCAUAGAAGAUGUGCUGCUUUCGUCCGUGCUGUGCUCCGUCCCCGCCAGGAGGGCCAGUGAUUCCGAGGAUGACUAAGGCUGCGGCCCUGGUAACCUGAUGAGCUUGCUUGAUGUGACACAUCAUCUGAAUUUUUUUUAAAAGGAACAAGUAGGAACGUAUGGUUUGGUUUUAGCCUUUUAUAACUAUGUUUCAAAUCUCAUAGAUCUCAGAAGCAAUCAUUGCUGGGAAUCCUUUUAAAUUUCUUGGAACUCUCUUUUUAAAUUAAUAGUAUUUCCUUAAGGAAAAAAUAAAAGCCAGAUAUUAGUAUGGCAGGUGUCUAUGUUUUCCUCACUUGUAUUUUAGGUAAGCUGUAAAGCUGUUCACUAUUUGUUCACAUAAAACUAUAAAAGAAGAAAUAUGGAGGGUUUUUUUUUUUUAGUAAUGUGAGUAAAUUAUACAGUGGAAAAUGGCAAGGUAAGCUUUGCAUUUAUAUUAUUAUUUGUUUUUAUUCUUUUAUAGAGGUAGCAACAGGAUUAUUAACUCAAAUAAAAUACAGGUGUAAUUGGUAGGAAGAAGUCUUAGUAUUUAUCCUAUUUAGAAGAAAUAGACAAUAACUUUGGGGAAACAAAUACUGCCUUAUCAAAGCAGUAACUAAAAGAUUCCAAUUUACCGCCAUUUGGGGUAAAAUAUUUUUUCUGGUUAAAGUGAUUUUUUGUCUCAGGCUGUUGAGACGUCAGUCUCAUUUACUGUAAAAGGUCACCUUAAAUUCUUUUUUGGAAAUAGAUAUAAGCACACACAUUAAUAGAUAACGUGUAUCUCAAUCAGUCAGUAAAAUAUAUAGCAAGAUGUUUUCUGAACCAGAAUCCUCUUAGCAUUUACCACUUCUUGCCAAAUUGACAUUGACAGAAUAAUUAGGGGAACCGUUAUUCCCUAAUGCUUGUGUUGAGUGAUGUAGUACUCAGUGCUGGUUUGACUCUUAAAAGUAUGAAUCAGAGAGGGCACAAAGUUCCUUCAGAUUAUUGUCCUUUAUUUUUGCCGUAAUUUGGAAAAUAACAAGCAGCUGUGACCCACUUGAUCUGUCCGAACGAUCUGUGUUAGUGACUUUGUUUCUCUACACGUGAGAGCCAGCACUGCUGAUGAAAACAUACUCUGUGUCAUAGUCUUCCUUGAAGAGUUUCUCAUGAAAUUUUAGUUGCAGGGUCGAAAUAAGCUUGGUCAGUUCUGUCACUCGUCUACUGGUCCCAUGGGUUAGUUUUUCUGUUGUCAGCUGCCAUCAGAGUGAAGUGCGGUGGUGCAAGCGUGGCUGCUGCAUUGGCCUGAGAGCUGCGGUGCACAUAACUCCCGGGGGAGAGAGCUGUGCCUGAGUGUGGUCGGGGGCUGCGUCCACCGUGACAGGGCAGCAGACUUCAUUCCACUGCGGAGCCUGUACAGGGUGUGAUUCUCAACAUAUGCUGUGCCACUUUGAUCUAUGUUCCUGUGAAAUCUUGCCUCCAUGCAGACUCGGGCACUUGGUUUGCACUCAGAAGCUCAGGUGUCCAUGGACUUGGUUGAUGAGCUCUGUCUGACCACACUGCUCCCAGGCCCCAGGAAGCUGUUCAGUCGUUCUGACGGAACUUGAUUUAAAAAGGGGGAGAGAGCAACAUGUCUGUCCUAGAAUUAGUAUCGUGAUUUCGAACCUGUCGUGCAGACUUCUGCAGGUUAGUUAAUUCUGGGAGACUUCGCUGUGUUACUACCAUUAACUUCUUUCUGUUUCAUUUGGAGCAUUUGUGAUGUGCUAGAGGUGAUACAGCUUGGCUCUUAAGCAUUGAGUUUGUCUCAUUCCACAGCAGAAACACACAGCGACCAGGGAACACCGGCAAGAAAGAUCCUGAGAUUCUGUCUCCUGGUGUUGGCAGGAAAGGUGUAUGGGGAAGGCUGUGGAACAGGUGCUAGGAAACCCUUUCUAGUAUUGGUGAGAAGUGGUUCCAGGAAGUUGUGAUAGUAAGUAAUUGGGAGAAGUGAGAUGGAAUAAGACCCUUGCCCCUCAGCAUCAGUGGGUGUUGGUUCCAGGAGCCCCAUGGGGUAUCCUUGGAUGUUCAGGCCCCUCGCAGCUCACUCUCCAGUCCUCAGAGUGUUUUCAGUCCGUGGUUGGUUGAAUCCGCAGAUGCGGAACCUGCAGAUACAGAGGGCUGAUUAUAAUCAAAUACAGUUGAUUCUUCUUUAUUUUCCUUAUUUUGUAGAGGAGAAAAAGGAUACGGUUAGGUUGUAUACACCCACCUCAUUGCAGACCUGAAUUUACACGCCCUUGUGCUGAGGUUGCAGACAGAACGGCUUCCUGGGGCAUCUUCUUCCCGAAGUGCCUCAGAGAAGUCGUCCUGGAUGCAAAAGACACUUUAUGAGAGAUGCGAAAGGGCUGCUUAGAAGGGGGUCCUCUGUCACUAAUGCCUCAGUUUUUCAUCAUUUAUUACUUCCAGCUUUAAAUUCUGUUUUCUUAUAUAACAAGCCCAGAUUUUGCCAAAGUGCUUUUCAAGUGUGACAGGCCAAAUGUGUUUUGACUGUGUCGCCUACUUUUUUUUGUUCAAUUAAUUAAUUUAUUUAUUUUUGGCCUUCUUGGGUCUUCGUUGCUGCGCAUGGCCUUUCUCUAGUUGGCAGCGAGUGAGGGCUACUUUUCGUUGCGGUGCGUGGGCUUCCCAUUGUGGUGGCUUGUCUUGUUGCGGAGCAGGGGCUCUAGGCGCAUGGGCUUCAGUAGUGCGGCGCAUGGGCUCUAGAGCGCAGGCUCAGUAGUUGUGGCACAUGGGCUUAGUUGCUCCGUGGCAUGUGGGAUCUUCCAGGACCAGGGCUCGAACCCAUGUCCCUUGUGUUGGCAGGCGGAUUCUUAACCACUGCGCCACCAGGGAAGUCCCCUGUGUCACCUACUUUAGAAGCGUGUUCCUAUGGAAGUGGUUUUGUCCUGUUUAUGGAAACCAGUUGUUCCUCAUAAAUAAACGCAGCCUUUUCGACAGGUGUUCGUGAUGUU